AUCCAUGCCUUAUACUGCGAGCAUUACCCUGUAAUAGUGAAUUUGAUACAGUAAAAUGUACUUACGUUGCUGAUACGGAGGUGCAAUUUGAAUAAAAACGGGAAGAAUCUUUUAUGAAAAUUGAUAGAGUAAAAGGUAAAAUCGACGAAUCGGUAGGGCAAGUCGAAGAUGGAGGGGUUGCCGCCACGAGAAUGACGACGGCGCCGUGGCGGCCGCUACUGCCGCCGCUUCGCGGCGAGGGAUGGAGAUCAGCGGACGACAAGCGAUGUCAGGGCUGCUGCCGCCGUCGGUUAACAAGCACAGGUUCACACCCAUCCUCGACAAUACACUUUAGAGCUCCGGUGUCGCGGGAAACUGAUAGGACGAUCUUCUUCAGGAGUCAGUUCCACAGUGUAGUGAAUCAAUGCGAACGGCUCGUGCCUCAAAAUCUUCGGAAAUAAUCGAAUAGAACGAAAAGUGAUGUGCUUCUGGAACUGAAUAGGGUGGCCGAAUUUGUUUCUAAUUCGCGAAAUCGUACAGUCAAACCUAAAAGACAGAAGAUACGUUAAUCAUUAAGCACGAUAAAGAUUUGCGAACGUUCAUCGGGAAUACAGGUUAAUCGUUUCACGGUGAAAUCCUCUUUUGAUCCUGCGUGAUCGAGAUGUCGCAAGUAUCCUCCGCCGAGGGAGACAUAGAAUGAAGAUAAUGUAGACAACAAACGAGAGGCGAGAGGCAGAAUCACGUAGAAACGACGGCCUGUAAAGCAACAGUGCUCUCUUGUGUAAUGAAAUUCCAUCGUAGGACGUGCGUUUGAUUGAGACCUACCGUCGACGAAAGUGAGGGGAAGUUAGCAUGAGGAUAGCCCGUGUUAGUCCGGUCUCGACGAAUCGAGGCUCCUUCGCGGUUCCCGAAUGCUACCCGAACAGUCCCAUGCAGUUAAGGAUGCGAGCAGUCAGGAUGACCGAAGCAAGCGAGGAGUUGUGUUCAGUGAAAGCUUUAAUCAAUAAGCUAGGACUCGAGGGAUUCUGAAUUUGUUGAUCGUUCGAGAAGCAAGUCUUCGUUGCAAGGAUGUAGGGGGGGCCCAUACUCGGGGCCCCAGUGAGGGUUUCCUCCAAGGACUCUUCCAAAUCGCUCGUAUUAACCAAAACUAAAACGAAUGUUAAAAGAAGCUUCAUUACGAAUCCCUCGUACUCGUAUUAAAAUAUAUAAAGACAAAUAUAUAAAGAGAAAUAUAUAAAAAAGAACGAUAUUAUUCCUCCUGUGAUUUUUCGAGUUUGCAGCAGACCCUACCGAAAGUAUAUUACCAACGUACUUAAUCAAGAGGAACGAUCGGAUAACGCUACGUGUUCGUUAGCAACGUUUUUUUAAGGAAUAUCCGCCGCUAGUUCUCUUGUCGUUUUAGUCAUUUAAUCGGUGUACGUAAAUAUAACAGCCUUAGGUAAUUGUUAGCGAAGUUGAAAGUUCCCGGGGCGGCUCGACAAUUCCAUCGGUUCGAAUCAGCCGAGCGAAAACUGUGUCAAACCCGUCGUCGAAAAAUUUUGGCUCCAGUCUUAAAACCUGAAAAACAGAGAAAAAUAGAGAAGCAAAAAAAGAAAAGGAAAUAGAAUCGAAAGAGAGGAAGAAGAAAGAUAGAAUGCGUUUACGUCUAGGAAAACGUGGAUGUUGUUAGUAGUAUAUGUAGAUCGUGAUAUAUCGAUGGAUAUAUAAAAUGAGAUGCGAAGAUGCAAGAGGAAACGAAAAGAAUGGGUCGCGGUAACGACGUUAAUAUCGGCGAAUCGUUUUUUCGGUGAUGAUAGGGCGGCUGCGCCUAUCAUCGACUUUAAUCAAGCAUGUCGCGUCAAGAUUCGCCUGAAGCAUCGUUCUCUCCUGGUAAUGGAGUAGACCAGUGUCUAUCGUUGAAGCCAGGAGAAAUGAUCGAUCUAGGGGGAUAUAUUAUCAUAUUGAUCAACGAGAAUGACAAGAUCAAACUGUACGGUUCUCCGGCCAACAACAGGGACACGUUGGAAGCGGUCGACGAAAUUUUAGAAGUUAACGGUAGCAGGCUGGAAAAUUCCAGUCAAUCAGAAAUCAUUCAAUACAUAUGCCAGUGCGUCAGCUCACGAACGAUAUGUCUGCGAGUGCGGAAGAAAAGAGGAAAGGACAAGGAUACGAGUGACGCGAAACAGACGCGGUUAAUCGUUUCAUUAUCGUUGGACCGCGGAUUCUUACUCAUCUACGAUACUAAUGCGUAUUACGAAUUAGGCGAAGGGGAGGAAGAUGGACUAAUUGCUUUGAAAUUGUUGACAGUAGUGCCGGACGAGUUCAGCUCUGGUCUGGUGCAAGAAGCUUGGGUCAUCGCCAUCGAAAGGCGUGCAAAGGAACGAUUUAAGCGGCUCACGUCUCACUGGAGGUUCCAGCCGUGCGAUAUUCUGGACAAAGAGAUCAACGAGGCAGUCGCGUCCACGAGCGGGGACAGCGCGAGCAAAAAUGUGACGGGCAACCAAAUUACCGUGACGCUUGUCGACAAGGAACAGAUCACGAACGUCUUCACUCCUAAACUAAGCAACGGUACCAUACCUAAGGGCAUAGUGAAAGAGACGAAAGAAGCGAAGGAAGGGAAGGACGCGGCCGAGAAACAGCAGACCUGUCCAGAAGAAACGAAGCUUUUAACACCGGUGCAAGGCGGAAGAGUCGGUGAACGACGUGCCAGCAGUCCUUUCCAAAAUGGUCAGACAGAAGUCCUGAUCGGGGAGCUGGAGGGCGGCCCAAGGUCGCCGAGGGGAUCCACGUCUUCGGCGGUGAACGACGCCAAUUUCCUCAAUACACCGGAUGAACGUGACGAUCAGAAGCCCAUUUACAGGUCCCGAAGGCGUAGCGGCAGUGGCGUGACGGACUCGCAGCAGCAACAGCAGCAGCAGCAGAAGCAGCAGGAAGGGCUGGGUCCCGAUGAGAUGUGGGCUCCUGGCGGGCUAGGGCCUCACCGGGAGCUACCAGUCGACGUACCCGACACCCUUCUACAGAAGGCCUACCCCAACAAGGUAAAGAACCGCUCGUCCGAUUAUCGGAACGAGAUUCGUGGUCCCCGUAGCGCUAGCGACCUCGACCUCUCCCUAAACCUUAAAAACGACACCCUUAAAUCGCCACCACGCACCAACCAAGUCGACGAACGCGCUAGAAUCGUGUCGGCCGUGGAUUGCACGGACGUGACGGAUGCGACCUGCGGUAGGCAGUGCGUUCGAACGAACGGUCAGCCGCCGAUGCUGAAGAUCGAACUGAAGAUCGAGUCGGAGAACCUCGAGGACGAGGACGAGUGCGGAAAAGAGAAGAAGAGAGAAGCUUCGAAGGAAGCGUUGGACACGGACAAAUAUAGGAACAGGAGUCCGUCGGCGUUGAGUUCGCCGGACUUGAAGAACUUGAAGAAGAAUCUGAAGGAUUUCGAGGAGGACGAGGAGGACGAAGGAGUGAACGAGGAUAGCAGCGGACAGAAGGAGUCGAGCGUUGACGUGGACGUGGAAGAGGAUUAUCCAUUCGCCAAGGAGGACUAUCCGACCAUGUUGAAGACCUGCAGCGACGACUCGGCCAGCCCGAGAAGCUCCUCGGGAAGGUCGGACAGUACCGCUCCGCUGGACAGUAGCCUGGUGUUGAGACACGCGAAAAACCGUGGCAAAGAUUCGCCCACGUACGACGCUAGAAGGAUAGAUCUUGGCUCACCGUGCAGACCCGUGGUGCCGGAGAUCAAAGUAGCGCCUCUGUUCGGCCGAGCCAGGGACGCCACGUCCUUCGACAAUCCUGCCUACGGUCUGGCCGAUCUGCAGGAUCUACAGGGCCUUCUGAUGAGGUCCGACGAAGUGUCCGACCUAACCAGGCUCAUAGACGAACAGUGCGCGAUUCCGAGGAUUCCGCGUGAUCCGCAGGACAGGGUGUCGUCCCCUGGCCGUAGCAAGGAUCAACAUCAGCACCAACGUGGCAGCGAAUUGGCCAAGUCGUCGGAACCGAGCGCUCCAUCCGGCAAAUCGGUGAAAUCGUCGAAACCGAGGCGUCAAGAGGACAGAGCGAAGCUGAAGGCGAAGACGAGGAGUCUGGACGUGGAGGAGCUGAUACGAGCGGGAUCGAGCGACGAUCUGUUGGGAAUCGAGUCUGGCAGCAGUCUCUCCUCGUCCUCGAGGCAGCGGCCCAAGAAGAAGAGGCACCAGCAGAUCUCCAGUGGCUACUCUACCCUGAGGAGCGACGCGUCCACCGAUCUCGAGCACGUCGAUCGUAGCUUUCUGGUGGUCGGCGGCAAAACCUAUCGCGAGGUGGCCGUCGACUGUCCGCCCGAUUUCGUCCCCGUGACCAAGUGCCACCCUGUCUAUCCUCCGCCGAACAAGACGCCCGGAAGCAGCAAGCACAACACCCUCGAGCCGAAACGCGAACGUAACGGCACUAUCGGCAGGGAUAACGGUGGCUUGACGAUGCACGGGGACGACGGGAGUCGCGACUCGUGCGCUACGAGCAUCGUGGCCUCGCCCUGCGUUCGCUCGAACGACCUUGGUAGCUUCGUCACGCUACCAACCGCUGGCGAUCAGAGUAUAGCUGCCACGGAGAACGUAGUUGCUAGAUCACCCCGUACGUUAGACAGAAAGCACGAGAAGAAGGUAAGGUCCAAAGUCAAGAGUCUGCUUUUCGAUAGCUUCUUCUCUAUCGUGCACCACGAAACACGCAAAAGUACGUUGCUUCACGCUUCUGCUACCAGCACCUCUAAUCGCUCAGACAGUAGCACUAAAACCGCUGACAGGUGCUCGGACCAUGACCAUCUCUGCGAUUCCGACAGCAGCUCGCGUCGUGUUUUACAAAUUUCCGAUAAUCGCUCGAACGAUCUCAUGCCGACCGAAGUCAUCUUCGACGAUAGCUGUAACGCGUCGUGCUUUGACGAUCGUCUUCAGCCUGCACGAGGAUCCAACGGUGUCUCGCGAUCUUCCAUAUUAUCCGAUCUCAGAGAAAAAGCAGAGGAAUCGUUUUCGCCCAAUUGUCGCGAGUUGUUCGUCUUUGCACAGCGACGCGAGAAACCGGUGACUCGCAGAAACCCGCAGGUUCGUUUCUCUUACGAACCGACCGGCGAUCUUUCGCGUACCGGCGCCUGCACUGUGAUUUUUUCGGUUGACCGGAUCCAGGACGAAGAAACGCGAGGCAAAAAUACCUGUCCAUCGAACGACGUAGGUUCCUUUAACGAUGAUCUAUUCGCCGAACGAUCGUCGAUUCAACGUACUCCCGUACGUUUGUCGUUCGUUAGAGAAGCUGAUCAAAAUUGUAGCAACUCGUUGCGCGAAUUAUCACGCGGUAAAGUUGGUUCGUCGGAUGCGGAGGCCUCCGAGUGUCGAAGAAACGGAAGCGACCGCGCGUUACAGGAAUCGCCGAAUGCGCAGAAUUUCACGAAUUCGCGGCUGUCUCUCGAAUAUAAAAGAUGCAAAGUUCUCGAUGUCGAUAAUCGUAACUCGGACGGAUUGAGAACGAGCCAGGGCGCGUGGAAAAGCGAAACUGAAUUACCGACCGUUAGUUUGGACAUGGAUCGUCCUGUCGGUAUUCAAUGCUGGCGAUCGGAAUCGAAUUUGUUCGCGCGGUGGAACGAAGAUCGGGGCGAGCUACGCGACUCUAGCGACACGAAAAGGGCAUCGACGAACGAGACGAUACCGUGCAUGGGUGGCAGGAAGAAAUGUACGUACACGUACGAGCACUUCGACGAUCUUGACCAUCACCAGACCGGUUUGAACGGGGUGAAACCUGCCAUCCCCCCGAGAGAUCAAAAGAGGGCACCUGCCAGACCGCCGAAAGAUAAUCUACGUUUGUCCACGCAGAACAAUAAUGUGGAGAGCACCGAUAACGCGAAUGCCGAGCCCACGCAACAGCAACUGCAUUCCAUCAGGAAAUAUCAGGAACAGCUGCGGAAACGAAAGGAUGAAGAGGAGAGACAGGAGAUACUCAAUCGGUCGCUACGCGGCUCCACCAAGUUGCACGCGUUGGAAAGCCACGCGACCAGUCUCUCGGGUCAGGAAAAUCUCGCGUACGCCCAAGACGAGGUGACCACCACCACCGUCAGCCGCGCACCGCAUGUCACCGCGAGCGCCACGCUAGAAGUCGAGGAGCCUCCCAGGCCCCUCACGUACGGAGAGGUCGUCGCGACGCUGGAGAGGCUACAGCUUCAGUUGCGCAAUAUUUCCGGUGCUCUAGGCAUCUCGGGACCCGGCGUGGAAGCGGAACUCGAAGCGGUGCGGACGCUUCUGGUGCAAAGUCGAUUCGCGUCUGCCCUCGCCACACAUCACGCCCUCAGAAAUCGCUUAAGAUCCAACAAAGUUCUCAAACAUCACGCUGAAGACGCUUCCAGUUUGGCUCGCGACUGUGUAGACAUACUGGAGAAAUGGCAGUCGUCGUCGACGGCAACAGGUGUCGGCGGAGCGGAAACGAUCGCCGCCGUGGAGGAGCUGACCGGAAUUUUGACGAGCUACGAUAUGGAAGCUCUUCUACUCGCUCACGACUCUAUCAUCUCUUACGUCGACGGAUUACAAAGGAAACAGAGUCCUUCAUCCUCGUCGCCGAGCGGUCCUCCGAGCCCUACCUCUAGCUGGAGAGGCUCCCGGGUCGUGGACAACAUUAAAAUUAUUAGAAUCGAGAAAACUAACGAACCUUUAGGUGCUACGGUUAGGAACGAGGGUGACGCUGUUAUAAUAGGUCGUGUUGUACGCGGAGGAGCGGCAGACAAGUCUGGACUCCUACACGAAGGCGAUGAAGUUCUGGAAGUAAAUGGCGUGGAAAUGCGUGGCAAGAGCGUGAACGAGGUAUGCGAUAUUCUAGCCGGUAUGCAGGGUAGUCUGACUUUCCUCGUGCUCCCGGCACCCACGAGUCACAGGAACAAUCUGUCAAGUAGAAGGGAAGACACAAAUCAGAUACAACACAUACGAGCCCACUUCGACUAUGAUCCCGAAGAAGAUCCUUAUAUACCGUGUCGAGAAUUGGGUGUCAGUUUCCAAAAGGGUGACGUGUUACACGUGAUCUCUCAAGAGGAUCCUAACUGGUGGCAGGCGUAUAGAGAGGGUGAAGAGGAUCAGACUUUGGCUGGCUUGGUACCUAGCAAAGCCUUCCAACACCAGCGAGAAUCCAUGAAACAGACUAUCGCCGGAGACAAAUCGACCGUGCGCGGCUCCAAGAAAUCCAGUACGUUGUUGUGCGCCAGAAAGAAUCCAAAGAAGAAAAAACGAAACAAGUUCGGGGCGAACUACAAUGACGACGGGUAUCCGCAUUACGCAACGACUGCCAUUGACGAUUAUGACAGCGAGGAGGUGCUUACGUAUGAAGAAGUCGCGUUGUAUUAUCCAAGGGCGAAUCACAAAAGACCGGUAGUCCUAAUAGGGCCACCAAAUAUUGGACGACACGAGCUGAGACAGAGGCUGAUGCAAGACAGCGAGCGUUUCGCAGCGGCAAUUCCUCACACGAGUCGUCCCAGGAAGGAUUCGGAAGUGGACGGCCAGGACUACCACUUCAUUUCACGUUCUCAAUUCGAGUCCGAUAUUCUUUGUCGAAAGUUCGUCGAGCACGGCGAAUACGAAAAAGCUUAUUACGGUACCUCCGUGGAGGCUAUACGAUCCGUUGUAAAUUCCGGUAAAAUUUGUGUUCUUAAUCUCCAUCCGCAAAGCCUGAAGAUCCUUCGAAAUUCGGACUUGAAACCGUACGUGGUGUUCGUGGCGCCGCCGAGUUUGGAGAAGCUACGACAGAAGAGGAUCAAGAAUAACGAGAGCUUCAAGGAGGAGGAGUUAAAGGACAUUAUAGAGAAAGCGCGGGAAAUGGAGGACAAAUACGGUCAUCUGUUCGAUAUGAUCAUUAUAAAUACGGACACGGAUCGAGCGUACAAUCAGCUGCUGACGGAGAUCAAUUCGUUGGAACGGGAGCCUCAAUGGGUGCCUGCGUCUUGGGUUCAAUAAAUGAACGCAGGCUUUCGGGAUACCAUCGAACCAGAUAUAUUUUCGCUGAAACGUGUAGCGAAAGGCUAGGCAAUUGAGAGAGGCGACUUUAAAGUCUGACUGGAGAUACUUCCAAGGACUGGUUCUUUUACUGGUGCCUGUUAUACAAUUUUACGUUUCGUACACGCGCGUAAUUAAACUCCUUGCCAGGCUAUCGUACUUCAAGUACCGCUGGUUUGGUGUAGUCUUCCGUGUCGUAUAUGGUGCCAUCUGAUAUUCGAAGAUCGUCGCGUCAGCAAGCAUUUUAGAGAGCGUGGAAAAUCCCCGUCUCGUUGUGAUUUAUCGUUCCUCGAGCCUCGAGGUCUGGCGUCUACCCAGGAAACAGGCAACGAGAACAUCGAGAUCCUCGACUUUGAAUGUCGAAAGAUCCUGCGAUCGACUGGCGUGGCGCUUGUUUUUCAUCGUAACCGGCAAACACUCUAGUUUUCCUCAGCGUAAUUUGUACCGCGAGAUGCCCCGAGGGAAAAAUCGCUACUACUCCGCAUAAGAUAUUAUAUAAUAACGUUUUCCAAAGAUGUGUGAAUCUUGAAAGAGAUCGUCCUACUUCUUUCAAAAGUCACCAGAUAAUUCCCCAGGAUAACACCGAGCCGCGAAGAAAAAAAAAGAAGCGAACCGGAACCGCGAAAAUCUUGGACGGCAGCAGCCUUUUCACUCCGCGAAAGAAUCGAAAGACUUUCACACUCGUUCGUAUCUUGCGCUGUCAGGAAUUUUCACGGCGAUCCUAUAGCAGGGAGGCGCGGUCUCUACCACAGAGUUUUUUAAGUCAAAAAGAAAUAUUUCGCAGGACUUUGCGAGUUGUUAAACGAUUAACGUAAAGACAAGAAAACAAAAAAAAAUCACGUUUCCUCGUAUUUGUAAUUUCGUGUGAACUAGUAAUUCGGAGAAGGCGGAACUCAUAAACGUUUCAUCGUUCGCCCUAGGCACUCUCUCGUGUUUGUUUAGAGAAAAGAAUCAUAACUUUUAAUCCAAGUAGACAUCGUUAAUGCGAGUAUAGACAUAGGCUCGUGUGUGAACCAGCGUAAACAAAUUUUUAAGACACACUUUGGAAUGAAACAGAAACUUCUAGGGUACUCCUUUCGUUUUCGUCCUCGAGCGACCAUUAGACCUUUCUUCUUUUUGUUUUCUAAUCCGACAUCGAUACUCCAUGUCAGCCACUGUUAUAUUUACCACCCACGUGCAUCCUCUUUAUCCUCGACUAGCAAUAACGCAACAUGUUUUUCGAGUCGAAGAUCAUCGCUGAAAAUGAAACAUGGUUUCGUGGCUCCAAAGAAAAAAAAAUAAAAUAAAAUAAAAAAAAAACCAAAAGAGUUAAGCGAGAAGAAAUUAAUAGGAAUCGCAUCGACGAUCGAUCGUUUUUAGUUCAGAGAGGAGAGAUUUUCCGAGGGUAGUUUAAUUUCGAUGUCGUAAACCCAGCUAGCAGCGAAAAAACAGAGAGAAACGCGAAAAAAAAGAGAUACUAAUUGCUACCUUUUUAGCUCACUAUUUAAGCAAAAGAAAAUUAUGUUAAGAAAUCACGCACGAUGGUCGGAGUAAUUGUGCCAAGUGAUUGGGCCGCGUGUUAAGGAGGACACGAGAACUGAAAUGUGCCAAAAUAUUUGAGUCUCUUUAGAAGAGACUGGGAGAGAGAGAGAGAGAGGGAGUUUUGUUCAGGAAUGACGUAUUAUUAAAAGAGAAAGAAGGAGGAAAAUGUGAGAGGCAAAGAAAUACAAAGAGAGACAGAGAAGGAAGAAAGGACUUAGGAGAAACACGCUCAACGGCACUUUCGUAUCUGUCAUUAUAUUGAUUCUGUAAAUAUUUGUGCACUUGUAUAGAAAAAAAGAAAGAGAAGAUGAAUAAGAAGUUAUUAUCGUUAUUAUUAUUAAAUAUUAUAAUUAUAUUAA